AUGAGAGAAAGAGUCUCUCUCAGUGUCAAUCGCUCUCUUGUCUCUCAGGUCACCAGGAAGGGUCAGGUUCUCGAUAUUCAUCACGGCUUCUUACUGGUUACACUGGGAAUCACAGCCACCAGCCCACUGCUCCAUUUACCAAACGUCAUGCUGGUGGCCAGACCUGUCAAGGGCGAGGGGGCGGGGCCAGCUGCGCCUGUCAAGCAAUAUACAGCCGAGAAACCGCCUCUCUGCGUGAAUGCUGACACUGCAGGAGAACCGACCAAUCAGAGCUCCGGUCCGCCGGAGCAGGCAGCCAACCAGAAGGGAAGGAGGCGGAGGAAGGGGAGGGGCUCGGGGAAGGCCAAUCGAAAGACAGCAGCAGAGGGAGGAAGGGGGAGGGAGGAGGGAGGAGACGAGAGAAGUCUGGAGGAGACAGAUUCGGGAGAGAGCGAGGACCAUGCGGAGAGUGGUUUGGGUCGCAUGUCUGGAAAGGGGAGGGGCUCAGGGAAGGCCAAUCAGAAGACAGCGUCAGCGGGACGGAGGGAGAGUGAGGAGGGAGGAGACGAGAGAAGUCUGGAGGAGACGAAUUCGGGAGAGAGCGAGGAGGAUCAGGGGGAGGAGGCGCGGCUGCUGGGGACAAAUCGGAACGCAUCGGGGGCGGGGCCUGCCUACAGGGAGCGCAGGACGGGAGAGGGAGGGACUCUGGAGCUGACGAGACUCUUUCCUCUCCAGUGUAUUAAGCUCUCAGUUCAUGAUCGUUCCACUAGCUGUUUGAAGCUCCACUUGGCCAGUGGUCGAUCCUUCUACUUGCAGCUAGUUGCCCCCCUGGGUCAGGAGAGGCAGCUGUUUGAGCAGUGGGGGCAAUUAAUCUACAUGAUGCGCUGGAAGAACCAGACAAACAACAAGAAAAAAGGAGAGAAGGGGCAAGAGAGACAGGAGGAGAGAGGCAGCGAGAAGCAGAGGAAGGAGACAGGAGAGAAUAGAUAUUUCGAGUAA